GGCCUGCGGGAUCCUCCGCAGGACCUGCCCCGCUACCUAUUUACAGCCCAACAUAACGCCCCUCCCUCCCCAGCGCUCGACUCCACUCGGCGAGCAGCCUCCCGUCUCCUUCCGAUCCCUUCAAGGGACCAGGAAGGGGACUUGGCGCUCCACUUGGUAUCCCUCCGCUGGGGUCACCCCCGCCCCUCCGCGCUAGCAGGAACUAAAUUCCACUCCGGGUCACCCAGGACCUGAUUGUAAACAUUUCACAAAGCAGGGUUCCUUGUGACCCCUGGCAAAGGAAACCACCGCCCCAAGUUGAAACCCCCACUGCCAACUCAAAAGCGGACUUCGCUUUCGACUGGGGCUGCGGCCCCCUGACCCCUGUCAAGCCCCGCCCCUUCCUGGUUGUCCUAGCGACGGCGGUGGCGUCCCAAGAUGGCGUCGUGGCUGCCGGAGACUCUGUUUGAGAUUUUAGGACAAGGCCCGGCGCCGAGUAAAGACUAUUACCAGUUGUUGAUCACUCGGACUCAGAUCAUCUUUAGAUGGUGGAAGAUUUCUUUGAGAAGCGAGUAUCGGUCAGCAAAACCCGGAGAGACAAAGGAAACCUAUGAAGAUUUUCUAGAGAACUCUCAUCUUCAAGUACAAAUCGCCUUAGUAUUUGGUACAAGAAUAUUAGACUAUGUCUUCAACAUAUGUGAAGGGAAAUUUGACUACCUGGAGCGGCUCUCAGACAAACUGCUGCUGAAGAUCAUCUACUACCUGGACCUGGAAGAUAUUGCCAGGCUGUCUCAGACAUCGAGCAGGUUUGCAAAGCUGUGCCAAUGUGACUCAUUGUGGGAGCAGAUAGUUCAGUCGGCCUGUGACACCCUCACCCCCGACAUGCGGGCCCUGGCGAAGGAUGUGGGCUGGAGACAGGUGUUCUUCACCAACAAGAUCCAGCUGCAGAGGCAGAUCCACAGGAAGAAGCAGAGGCAGGGAAAGCAGAAGGACAAGAAGCACAAUUAGGGGCCGGCUCUCCCCACCAGUGGAGCCACAAACGUGCCUUUCCCCACAUCCAAAUGUUGUUCUAAAUUAACAACAGCUGUUGCGGAUUCCAGGAAUCACUUGAAAACUCACAUUUUGCACACACAUACAAAUUCACCCAGUGCCUUGCUUGAGCAACCACCCCCCGUCCUGCUCAGACCAGUCCAUGGCCCAAGUAUUUAGGGCUACAAGACAGGAAACCUCUCCGGCCACCACCUUCCCGAUCCCAUUACCCCCUACAAAAGAGGCACUUAUGUGUAUGGACUAACAAUAAAGAGUUAUUUGCA